GCAGCGAAGAAAACCAGACCUUUGACGUUUAACCCCAAUUUAAUUUGCGAAAACAAAACAUAAACGUAAACGCAUCCAAUGUGGCUAGACACACCCACGUCCACACGAGUACGAAAAGCAGAUUGAAGAUUAAUUGAGAUAUAGGCCUAGAGCAAUCAACUCCCAACAGCUCAGCCCCACUAGCCCCCUGGAAUUAGUUGAAGGAGCCUGGACUGGAGCUGGCGCUGGCUGGCUUGAUUGUAUGCAUACUGUGUAGCCUGUUGUGCAGUAGCCUGUAGGCCUACGUCGACUACGUGUGCCUCCAUACAAAGACCAUAGGCCAUCUGAUUUUCAAACCUAAGCAGAAGAAGCCCGGCCGGAGGCGGAGAAGAGGCACUGCACUGAUCAUGUCUGACUCUGCUGAGUGAAAGAAACUGGUUGAAGCCAGCUUGGGAAGACCAUUGAGACUCCAGCACUUGGUUAAAAAAGAGAAAACAAAUACCAGACAGAAGGCAGGAUGGAUCAAGAAGAGGUAGUGACAUUCACCAGCAAUACAGGUGCCAGUGGGGACGUUACUCCUGGUGAUGAUUCUGAUAACGAAAGUGAAAUGAUGGAUGCAAUGUUGGAGCAAGAAUUGACAGCUCUUCAGAAAGAUUUCGACCGAGCAUCAACAUUUAUGACUUCGGUUGCUGCGAACCUUGGAAGUGAAAAACUGUUGUACUUUUACGCAAGGUUUAAGCAGGCAACAGUUGGAAAAUGCAAUAUAUGCAGGCCAGGCAUGUUCAAUUUCCAAGGGAAACAAAAAUGGGAUGCUUGGAAUGCGUUGAAGGAUAUGAGCAAAGAACAGGCCAUGAUGGAAUACAUCGAAGCCAUGGAUGAAGUAGACCCAGACUGGAACUCAAAGGUCAAAGGUCACAAGUCGGUUUCCAAAGGGUUAGGAGUCGGAGUCAGUACUAUGCUAGCCGAAGAAGAAGCGGAGUUGAGUGAUCAAGAGAAAUCCAUUUUCGACUGGUGCAAGGAGGGUGCGGAGGAACAAGUGCGACUUCUUCUGUCUAGGGAGGACAGUAGUAUCAAUCAGGUGGACGAGGACGGACUGACGUUGCUUCAUUGGGCAUGUGACAGAGGUCACCUGGAGGUCGUGACCUUACUCCUUGAACGAAAGGUCAACGUAAAUGCUCCAGACCCAGAUGGCCAAACCCCUCUUCAUUAUGCCUGUACGUGUGAACACCUCCCGAUCAUUGAAGCUUUGGUCAAGCACGGUGGUAGUGUGAACACCAAGGAUGCAGAUGGGAACGUGCCUGCAGACAACACAUACAGAAAAGAUAUCCAUCAGUUAUUAGCAACAAACUAUGAUGUAACAUGAUAGUUAGUUUGAUUAUUAUUUUUUAAAUUUCAUAAUUUUGUACAAUAGAGUACCGAAGUGAUGACGUCACAAUUUUUUUU